AUGAAGGUAACAAGCGGUGCUGGGUGUAAGACACAGUUGCUAUAUAUUCUCCACUUAUAUUCUGGCUCUAAUAACCAGUCGCCCUAUGAAGCUUCCGUCUCCCAACUCCGUCGCGUUAGCCCAGAACCGAAAUACAACGCCAGGAAACGCGAGCGACAGAUUGCAAAUGCCAUUGCUGCUGUAGUAACGCGACGCGAGAAAGACUUAUCAGCUGUCACUUGGACGGCGAGUGGUCACAAUAUCAUUAUCCACGUCGCGCAAAACAGCGCCGUGGACCCGAGUGUCGUGGACCAUCUUAAGUUGAUUUGGACAAAGUUGCAGGCGAUCACCCGGUAUGAACCUCAGACCUCCGAUGAAGCCGUUCAGAAAGCUCCUGACGAGGCGUUGGAUGCAGGCCCCAUGGACUUGUGGAGGCAGAUACUCUACCAUGUCUACACUGCUUGUUUUCCCAAGCUGAAAGCUCGCCUCAUGAAGCGCCGACGAGAAGCGCAGGAGUUCAUCACUACCAUGAACGAGGCGAUAGCAUCGGAUACCCGGUUACCUGACUCGGACAUUCCGUUGCGCGACAAAAUCAUUUUGCGCAGGCUGUUGGCUUGCGUGCAACGAAUAUACGAACUUAUCGAUUUGCCUGCGUCCGAGGCCGCGCCUAAGAUGGUCGACGAUCUUGCGCUCGUGCGACGUGACUGGGCACGAGCGACGGGGGAGAAUGGAAUUCUCAUGAUAAAUUGGCAAGCUAUUUUUGAGCAGCGGCAGCAAGAGAGAAAUGUGACGUCAGAUUCAAAAAUAUUCGACUUUCGACGCUUCAUGGAGGAGGCCUACUCUCUCCACACCCAUAUUCACACUCUUUGCCGUGCUGCGACAUCUCCUCGCAGAAAGGUUAUGUUCCAUGCAGAACUUGAUGUGGUACUAGUGCAACCUUACGCUGCCCUUUCCCGUCCUUUUUCAAUUUCGGAAGAAGACAUCGGCUCUUUCAUUGAAAGCCUAAGUGAAUCCGAGAUGUCGCAUGAGGAAGAGGAGGAAUCAAAGCCAGAGGAACAAGAAACACGUCCAUUCAUCUCGCGAGAGCGUCUCCUAGCCCAGUUAGGCGAGUCAUACUCCGAAACAUCGCAAGUCGUGGACCUCUCUCGCCAGACCCCUCACUGUGAAUGCACCCUGCUUAUGUAUCACACGACAUCCGCUGGUCUCCCACCCCAUCCCUACAUUGGCGUCUCCAAGCUGUCUUGUUAUCCAUUCGUGCCAAAAGGAAUACGGUGGGAGCUGAAGGGGACAGAUGGAAAGCUCUUCCCUGGUUGGGUUAGGCCAAAAGGGUUGUCCCAAGAGGCGAACGAGAAAGUCGAACAGCUCAUGGUGAAGAAGUUGACGGAAAGGCUCCGCUUGAGUCUCGCAGAAGCAAAGAAAGCUCGCACACUUUCCGAUAGAGAUCCAGCGUUUUUGAAUGAAAUCUAA